UAGCUUGAGACAUCUGCUUGGAAAAACUGACAAACAUGAAAGAGGUAAUAGUUAAUCACGCAUUGCAAACACAGGGAAUCUUCCGGGAAAUGCCCGUUCAAAUAUUCGAAGCACCAACUUUCUAAGAUCUCAUGGAGUACCCAGACAAACCUCUGGGAUUGAUACUAUACAGCCAAUGGAGAUAUCCGCGGAAAGGCACGCUUUGGAUGCCUGGAGGCGCCUACAAGAAGGCUUGCGUAUCCGCAGUAGUCAUAGACCUAAUCCCACGUCCUCCUCUCGAACCACCAUCACACCAUGGUUUACAUCAUGAAGAUCCACGUUGACGGUGGCUGUAGAGCCAACGGCCAGCCCGGCUCGAUCGGGGCUGCAGCCGCUGCUUUCAAGAGCGUGUCCGGUAUAUUUCAUAGGGAGACAAAAGAAGUAUUACCUUCACAUCCCGCCCCGACAAAUCAAGGAGCCGAGAUCACAUCCAUAAUCCUCGGUCUAAGGAUGGCUCUAGAUAAAUCUGACCAUCUAUAUUCGGAUCCUCGGCUGGAUGUCACGAUUUACUCCGACUCGACAUUUGCAGUUAAUUGUAUGGAGAAGUGGAUCUACAAGUGGAUCAAUAACGGAUGGAUAAAUCGUAAAGGAAUUGAGUUAGCAAAUCGAGAUCUCCUUGAGAAAGCAGCGGUUCUCGAUGGCCGGCUUAAGGAGAAGGGAGAUGUGCAUUAUGUAUGGAUUUCAAGAGAGGAGAAUCAGUAUGUGGAUAAGCUGUGCAAUGACUUGAUUAACACUAUAUGUUUGGUUGAAAGGCUGUGCAAUAGCCUGAAGAACGCGAGGUGUGAUGUGCAAGGCUCCUCUUCCAUUGACAGCUAG